AUGGAACUUGGCAAUGAUAUUAUCACGGACGAGCAACUGGAUUUAGGUCUUUUGGUUUGUAGUAAAUUACUUAGCCCCUUGUUUCAGUUGUUCGCCAUAUUUGCAAAUAUUUUAAAUUUGGCAACUUUUUACAAGAUUGGGAGUAAAGACGGCGUCAAUGUGACAUUUCUAGCUCUUUCUUUGUCAGACUUGGCCUACGUGCUUCUAGACGCUCUCAACACGGUGUGUUUACUUAUAGCCACGUCUCCGUGGCAACCAUCACUUCCUGUGUCUAUGUAUUCCAUCACAGGCUGCGUCAUCCCUUAUCAGUAUAUCUUUCUAGAAACAUCCACGAGCCUGGAGACGUAUCUAGCAGUGACCAGGUGUUGCUGCGUCGCUCUGCCGCUAAAGUUUAAAAAUGUCUUCACAUUUAGAAGAUCCCUAUCAGUUAUUGUAAUUAUUUUUAUAGGCAACGUGGCUUUCAGGAUACCAUUGUUGACAACUUUUGGUUUGACCUGGAAGACAAGCUCAGCAACUAACUUAACAAGGCUUACGUUCUAUUCCACUGACAGCUACGUCAUCUUCAGCAGACUUGAACAGCUGGUCGGCAAGACCUGCUUCCCAGUCCUGUUCCUGCUCAUCGCUGCCGUGUGCUCCGUAAUUCUAAGCACUUCCUUGCUGACUAUGUCAUUGAAGCGGAAAUCAAUGACAAUGCCGGUUACAAGCUACGACAAAGUCGCGCUACAAAAUCUAAAUACAAAAAUGGCGAUGGAUAUGGCUUCAUCCAAUUCUUCGAGGACAAUGAAGACCAAGGAAGUGCAGUUGGUCAAAGCAGUAACUCUGGUGACGAUGUUACAAGGUGUUCUGUUACUAAUUCUUUCUAUCUAUUCCCUAGUGGAAGCCGCGAUUCCAGAGUUUUUCCCAACGAGAAAGUAUCGGAACUCUCACAACUUGAUUCUGGUUGUGAUCUAUUUACUUAUAACAAUGCAUGCCGGCGGUAAAACAUUUGUUUAUUAUAAAUUUAAUUCCAAAUUUCGAGAAUCAGUAAAGAAAACAUUUAAUGAGUGUUUAGUACUGAACAAAAGCAGUUAG